AUGUCUACAAAUGAAGGAUGUCUAUCAUCAGAGACUUUUCUGGUAAAAGUUUCAGAGUUUUUCAAAAUUGCCAAUGAAAAGAAAAUAACGGUUCAUCUAACUCUUAAGAGGUUGAUUGACCGUGAUCCAGUUGAAGAGAAUCCAGAAUUAGAUAGUACUAAACAACCAUUCUUUGAUGUUUCGCAAAAAGCAACAGGUGUGGUACCUGCAGGGAAAGAAAUUUCAACUAAAGAAUAUCCACUUUUAAUAAGGAUAUCAUAUGGUUCACAUGCGAAGAAAACCAAAUGUUCUACUAUUAUAAAUUCUGAUCAAUUGGAUAAAUUUUGGCAAGAUUAUACAUCAGUUGUGAAAUCAAGUAUGAAUGGAUUAAUCAAGAAAAAGAAAAAGAAAGGGAAGUCUGCAGGUACCAAGGAUAAAAAGAAAGGGAAGAAAUGA